UCAAAAGACUCUGGAAGCUCUUCAGCCAUCACACCUAAAACUAAAUUCAUCUUUGGAUCAUUUCAGAAGAGUGGAUAUAAAGAUGUCUGCCUCAUCACUGCAGUUGGUCUUUUUUUGUUCAAUGCUGUGCCUGUGGACUAGUGUAGAGGGCUGGUCUUACCACUACUCAGACGAGGUGAUGGACUGGGAAUCUGCUAGACAAUGGUGCAGGACAAAUUACACAGACAUGGUGGCAAAUCAGAACCAAGAGGAGAUUGAGCACCUGAAAAGCUCACUGCCGAAGAAAAGUGGCCACUACUGGAUUGGGAUCUGUAAAGUUAAUGACGUCUGGACUUGGGUUGGGACCAACAAGCCACUGACAGCAGAGGCAAGCAACUGGGCAACAAAUGAACCAAAUAAUGGCCAGCAACAAUCGGGAGAAGCCGAGGAUUGUGUUGAGAUGUACAUCCAGAGGGAAAAAGAGGAAGGAAAAUGGAACGAUGAGGCUUGCACAAAACACAAGACUGCCUUGUGCUACACAGCUGCCUGUAAAACUGACUCAUGCCUCCAUGGUGAAUGCGUGGAGACCAUCAACAGCCACGUGUGUAAAUGCAAUCCAGGUUUUUAUGGAAAUAGGUGUGAGCAAGCGGUUCAGUGCCCCUCCCUCCAGAAUCCAGACAAUGGUUAUAUUACCUGUGCAGACGAUGCAAACCUGAGCUUUAGCUACGGAAAGUCCUGCAGCUUUAAAUGCGCUCCUGGCUAUCGAUUGGUGGGACCGAGCACGCUGACAUGCACAGCAGCAGCCGAAUGGAGUGAGCAGGCGCCACACUGUGAAGCCAUCACCUGUCAGAAUCCAGUUGAGGGAGCUAACAUGACUGCAAACUGCAGCAAACCUCUAACUGACCUGCGUCCCAGCUCCACCUGCAGCUUCAGUUGUGAACCAGGCUUUGAGCUGCUGGGGGCAAACACCACUACUUGCAGUCAAGAUGGACAUUGGAGUGAGGCCACACCUACCUGCAGCGGUAUGAAUAAAAACAUCGACCUGCAUGCAGAUUUGAGAUUUGUUGCUUCAAUGGUAAAAUCUUUAAAUAUAUUCUAA